AUUGGCUGGACGUGAAUAUACUUCCACUGUAUAUUGGGAGUGUAACUAUGGCCACAUCUUUUCCAUAAAUAGCAGAAAUAUAUGCAAUCUUGGGCUAUAAAAAUGCAAGGGAUCACUGUACCAAAUUCAACUGCAAAUUCCAAACCCCAAGAUCCAAAAGAAAUUCACCAUGAGGUCCCCAUCCCUGCUCCUCCUCGCCAUCCUGCUUGGCGCCGCCGUCUCCCUCCAAUCCGCCGCCGACACCCCCGAGCUGCUCGGCGCGGAGAAGACCACCCGCCUGCGUUUCUUCCUCCACGACACCCUGAGCGGGAAGGACCCGUCCGCCGUCCUCGUCGCCCGCGGCGAAGGCCGCACGCCCAAGCCCGAGGACCCGGUGCCCUUCAGCUCCCUCUACGCCACCGACGACCUGCUCACCGAGGGCCCCGAGCCGGGGUCCAAGGUGGUCGGGAACGCGCAGGGCCUGUACAUCUCGUCCGGGAGGGGAAAGCUGUCGCUCGUCCUCGGCAUGGACUUCGAGCUCACCGACGGGCCCUUCAACGGCAGCGCCUUCGUCAUCUACUCACGGAACACGGUCGUGACGCACCCCGUCGGGAGGGAGCUCGCCAUCGUCGGCGGUCGCGGCAAGUUCCGGAUGGCCCGGGGAUACGCCUUGCUCCGGACCCACGUCUUGGACAACAACAAUGGCGACGCCAUCAUAGAGUACAACGUCACCCUUCAUCACCAUUGAGUUGCUUGUACAUUUGGCUUCAGCUAUUCAGCUGAAACGGCUGAUUUGUUGUGAGAGAAAAACACUGUUUGAUGUUUUCGUUGUGGUAGAAUAAUGCUAGAUACCUUUGUAUUGUUCGAUCUGGUUCUGUUUUCAGUUUGCUCGAUCGUGUAAAAUGUAUCA